AUGAUCCCGUCUCCCGACUCUUUGGUGCGGACGCGGCGGGUCGGCGGGUCGGCGGGUCGGCGGGUCGGUUCUUCAGGACCCAAACGUUUUUUCGCCAAGACUGAGAGACACAAAGGCCAAAACCACAGACCCCAGAGACGAAAAACACUCAGACAGACAGACGGGCCUCUGGAGCAACACCAAAAUGUGUCAAAUAUCAAACUGUUUCUGUCAAGAGACCAGAGUCUGGACCGGAGUCUGGACCGGAGUCUGGACCGGAGUCUGGACCGGAGUCUGGACCGGAGUCUGGGCCGGAGUCUGGGCCGGAGUCUGGACCGGAGUCUGGACCGGAGUCUGGACCGGAGUCUGGGCCGGAGUCUGGGCCGGAGUCUGGGCCGGAGUCUGGGCCGGAGUCUGGGCCGGAGUCUGGGCCGGAGUCUGGGCCGGAGUCUGGGCCGGAGUCUGGGAUCUGGACUAAUGCUCGGGGGUGCAGGUGCAGCGGCAGUGGCAGGUGUAGUGGCUGGUGCGGCGGCAGGUGCGGCGGCAGGUGCAGUGGCAGGUGCAGGGCCAGGUGCGCUGCUCGUGGGAGGUUCCGUGUUUUUUCCUGGAGUUUUGUUUCUCUCCAAACGCCUCAUCAAACACUUCCUGGUCUGCAGCGAAUCAGACGCCGUCAUCGCAGCCACACGGUUUGUUUCUUCUCUUCAGUCGGUUCUUGCGUCCUCUGCUGGAUUCAUCAUCGUCUCCUCGUGCAACGACCUCGUCCACGACAGACACUGGUUGGCCGAGUCGUACGUUUUCUUCGCCGCGCCGUACUUCCUGUAUGACAUCAUCGCCAUGUUCCUGUGUUACCGCCACAGACUCAGGGUCAAAGGUCAGGGGGCGGGGCCCGUGAGCAGCGAUCUGAUUGGCUUCCUCCGAAAAGAGGCGUUACUCAUCCUUCAUCACCUGUUCAUGGUCCUGUUCUGCUUCCCCGCCUCCACGGUCUUUCGUGGAGGGAGAGGAGAUUAUUUCCAGGGGCUUCUGUUGCUGCCAGAGUUCAGUACACCGUUCCUCUGCGCCGGGAAAGUCCUGCUCCAGUUUCAUCUUCAGGACUCAGUUUUAUAUAAAGUUGUUGGGCUCCUGACGCUCGCCGCCUUUUUCUGCUGCAGAGUCCUGCUCUUCCCCUAUUUAUACUACAGCUACAGCAGUUUUUCGGGCGUGUCGUUGUUGUCUGUGUUCUCCAGCGCCCCCUGGCAGUGUAACGUGGGCGCGGCGCUGCUCUGGCCUCUGCAGCUGCACUGGUUCAGACUCCUGUGCCGAGCUGCGGGGCGCUCCCUGACCGGCGGGGGGCGCUCCCUGACCGGCGGGGGGCGCUCCCUGACCGGCGGGGGGCGCUCCCUGACCGGCGGGGGGCGCUCCCUGACCGGCGGGGGCGCUCCCUGA